GUGAACACUCUUUCAAUUUAUCAAAUAAACUUGUCGCAGUGACACCUGUUGGUAAUUUAGGUGAAAUAUAGUAUUUGAAGUUGAAUUCGAAAAUACUUUCAACAGCUGUUAGAAAACAUUCGAAGGUGAAACGUUUAUUCUUGGUAAUAGCGUUUCAAACAUUUUAAUUUUGAUGAAACUUCUACAAUUGAGAUAAUACAUCUUAAAUCAAAUUUAUUUUUGAAACAAAAUGUCGAGAGAUAAAUCAUCAAGCGAGAAAGGUGAAGGGGAAAAAUCAAAAAGCAAAAGAGAGAAAACAAAAGCUCCUACAAAGCUUGUCAUAAGGCAUUUGCCACCUACAAUGAUUGAAACAGAAUUUAAAGAACAAGUAGCGCCAAUAGCAGAUUAUGAUUACUUCUAUUUUUGCGAAGCGGAUUGGUCUUUAGGUUCUGAAGCAACUUGUCGCGCACACAUUUCUUUUAAGAAUUUAGAAGAUGUCUACUCAUUUGUCGACCGUUUCGAUGGCUACGUCUUUGUCGAUACAAAAGGUGCUGAAUAUAUUGCAAUAGUGGAAUUUUCACCAUUUCAAGGAUUUGUGAAAAGUAGAUCCCGCGGUAGAGAUAAUAAAGUGAACACUAUCGAUAGUGAACCACACUACCAACAAUUUCUUAUUAAAUUGAAAGAGGACGAAGAAGCAUCUGCUAAACGUGGUGAAAGUAAAUUAGAAUUUACGCUUGAUCGAAAAAAGGAUGAUAGACUUAAGUCGACACCGUUGUUGCAGUAUUUAGCACAGAAAAAAGAGAAACGGCGUGAGGACCAAAAAAAGCGAAUUGAAGAAAAACGCAAGCAACGCGAUGAGGAAAGAAAUUAUCAAUCACAAGUUACUUUAAAGUCUAGAGCGAAAGAAAAAAAUUCAGAUGAACGUGAUAAAGCGAUUAAUAAUCAAGAAACAGGUAAAAAAAAUAACAAAUGCAAUGAUAAACAGGAUAAGAAUAAAAACAAUAAUGCUGAUCAACGUUCUGGUACUAACAAUAAAGAGGAACAUAAAAAUUCGCGUUCGAAGAGGCGAAUUGAACGUAGUUUGCGUCGACAGGAAGCCUAUCACAGGCGUGUACGUGACGAAAAAGAAAAUAUAUCUAAAUUAAAAAUUGCAACAAAUCCUGAACAUGCUAAGAAGCAUGAAGACAGCGUGGAAAAACAACAACACAAUGAGAAACAGUCUGAUAAAAAAGUCGACACUAAAGAGGGAAAAAACGAUGAACAACGGAAAGUUGGUAAGAAUGUUGAUGACAUUCCUGUUAAAGACAGCAAGAGCGAAGAUGUUCUCACAGCACUUGUAGAAAAUAUGAAAACUGUAUCACUUGAUGUUAAGACUGAUACAGACGUUGAUAAAAUUGUUAAAAUACACGAAAUUAUAGAGACGACAAAAAAUACUAGUGGAGGUGAUAGUGGUACGAAACCUAAGCAAACAUCUUUAACACAAAAGCAAUCAGCUGCUGAGGAGCGUCGCAUACGUAAUAAGGAUCGUCCUUCAAUAGCUAUUUAUCAACCUAAAAUUCGUUCACGUGACGGCACUGACAGUAAAAAUGGUAAGAACAACGCAUCCAAUGAUUGUGAGUCUUAUAAGAAGGAAGAGCCACGUGUUAAGAAAGUGUCGCGUUACUCAGAACGUCGUAACGAGCGGCGAGCAAAACAAGAAAAACAGCAAUCAACUGAGACUAGAUCUAAUAAUGAAGCCGAGCCAAGUCCUGUUCCAUUCGAGGGCAAAAAUAAUGAAAAUAGCAUUGAAACUGUUGACAAUUCAAAUGAAACUUAAGCAUAUUUCUUACAUUUUUUUUUUA